GACUGGUGUAAAUGCACAUUAAAAUAGGUUUUUAUUUUAGAAAAAACUUGUCUGGUCUUUUAAUAAUGAGACGCACGAGAGUUCUUUUAAAUCAUUUUUAUUAUUAUUUUAAGAUAAAAAACAAUGACAAUAAUUAAAAUAUAUUUUUGUUGGUUGUUUUGAGGUUAACAGACUUUAAUCCGUUAUUUAUUUUACGUUAUUAUUAUUUAUAGUUUGGUCCCAAAGCAGCUUCACAGAAGUAAUCAUCACAAAUAUGAACCUUAUUGUAAAGUUCUGGCUACAAGUUUCUUCCUGAAUGUGAAACCAGACAUGAUGGUGCUGAGGGAGAACCUCGCGAGGAACCAGAAUCAACAGAGACCCAUUUAUUUAGCGAGACUCUAAAAUGUGGCUCAGACCCCGAGGACGUCAGAGUUUCUUUUCUUUGUUCAUGUUUGAGACAGAAGAAGAAAAUGAUCCUGAUUAAGUUCCUCGUGGUUCCUGAUCCAGACUUUAAUGGGUUUAUUUGGAUGGACUUUAGAGAGAACGUUCGUGCUCUAAUUUCCUUUGAGAGAAAAGUAGUUUUUGAUGUCUGAUGAUCUUCCUGAAAUAUCUGAUGGUGUGAGAAUGACAAGUUUGGUGUGAACGUCUCCUGAGAAGAACCUUUUUAACAGCUCCAUUUGGCCAUUCAUCAUGUUGAUUAGCUGACAGUCAAAAUCUUAUCAACAUCUUCAGGAGUGAGAAGUUCAGAGUGAGCGCUUUGGAUGGAGGUUUUGGGUAUAAAUACCUGCUGAGACGUUGCUUUCUUUACAUUUAACCAGGAGCCACACAAGAGCUGGUUAUGGAGGCCUCGUCUGCAGAGAUUUGGACAGGAACCAGAAGGCAGCGAAUCCGUGGUCGAUUCCGUGCGACUCUUGCUGGACUUCUGGAGCUUGAAGUGUUAAGAGUGAGGCACAAAAAGAUGGUGGAGGAGGUUCUGGAGAAACACAAGAGUCCUGAACACUUACAUGAUCUACUGACGUUCCAAAGAAGUCGAUAUCGGUACGCUGUGGAAGAGAGUUCUUUCAGGCUGAAACUCAAACGCAGUCUCUCACAUGAAAACCUCAAAGAUUCCACAAAUCCCAGAAAGAUUCAGGACCUGAGAAGAACCGCUGUAGGUUAUUCAUCUGAAGAUCUACAAGACAUCUACAGGUCAAGGAUGAGCUCUGGAUUCUGUGAGGGUCGCAGUGAUGCCAUGAGUUCUCUUUCCACUUCUUUGGCUUCAUUAAGUCACCAGAGUUCAGCAGGUUAUGGAAGUGAACGUCAAACAAAUUUCACAGGAAGAUCUCGUCUUUUAAAAAGCCAACAGGAACAUGUGAGAAAAAUUGAUCUCAUUUCCACAGGCUUUUCACAAGCUGUGAUUCCUGAAGCUGGAUUCUUAUCUGUAGUGGAACUGUACCCUGAGUCCCACUGGCUUGAUAUCUCUGAGAUCCUGCAGCCACAAGUUGUCCUGGAACCAUCGUACAGAUCGGAUCUGAGGUCUCUCCAAGGCUCAGAAGUUUAUCACUAUCCAAGUCCACUCCAUGCUGUGGCCUUGCAGAGCCCACUCUAUGCUCCACAGAGACCAGAGCCCAAGGGGAAGAGCCACAGAUGUUCUUCAGGAACUUUUAGCUCAAAGACCAGCUCCUUGACAAGACCAGAUUUUGUUCAUGAACAGAGGAGAGCUCUUGAUCUUAACGGCUCUCACCCAGAUUCCCUCACCACCAUGCAGUCAUUCAUGUCUUUACCUUCUUCUUCUGGUCUUUUAGAGAAUCCCCGCUGUGAGGAGAUCAUUUUGAAACGAGCACUGGGUGAACCGUGGAACCACACAAGGGCAGAGGGUUUAGGAAUCACCUCAUGGUUGAGAAGAAGCUCAGCCUCACUCCACCGCACAUGUUCCAUGGGUAAAAGUGGAACAUCAUUUUUCAAAUCUAGGCCUUUCCAAAGCAGAGCUACAGGAUCAUUAGAAGCUGGACCUCAAAGUUCUUCACAAGCUCCUAGUCCAGGAUUCCAAAGACGAUUUAGAACACACAAGAACCGACAGAAGAAACACAGCUGCACUAACCAUUCUGAACAUUUCUUCAGAAACCAACAGGACCUUGUGAGCUGGAACUUUAGCUGAGACGAGUGUGCUUCAUCAUCAACGUUUCCCUGCAGAUCCUAAGAGGAACAUCUGUCUGCUGCACAAUCAGUGAACCAAACUGAUAAAUAUGAAGAACCAGAAAAUCUAACG